AUGUCUCACAGGAAGUUUGAGCACCCAAGACAUGGUUCUCUUGGAUUUCUUCCAAGGAAGCGAGCUGCUCGUCACAGAGGAAAAGUGAAGUCUUUCCCCAAGGAUGACCCUACCAAGCCUUGCAAGCUCACUGCCUUUUUGGGUUACAAGGCUGGAAUGACACACAUUGUCAGAGAGGUUGAAAAACCUGGAUCCAAGCUUCACAAGAAGGAGACAUGCGAGGCUGUAACAAUCGUCGAGACACCUCCAAUGGUGAUUGUUGGAGUUGUGGGUUACUUGAAGACACCAGCUGGUCUCCGAACUCUGAACACUGUUUGGGCUCAGCAUUUGAGUGAGGAUGUCAAACGAAGGUUCUACAAGAACUGGUGCAAGUCCAAGAAGAAGGCUUUCACAAAAUACUCUGCGCAGUAUGAGACCGAAGAAGGGAAGAAGAGCAUCCAAUCACAGCUUGAGAAGUUGAAGAAAUAUGCAACCGUCAUUCGUGUUUUGGCUCACACUCAGAUCAGAAAGAUGAAAGGAUUGAAGCAGAAGAAGGCUCACUUGAUGGAGAUCCAGGUCAAUGGUGGAACAAUUGCUCAGAAGGUGGAUUUUGCUUAUGGUUUCUUUGAAAAGCAAGUCCCAAUUGAUGCUGUUUUCCAGAAGGAUGAGAUGAUUGAUAUUAUUGGUGUCACCAAGGGUAAGGGUUAUGAAGGUGUUGUCACUCGUUGGGGUGUCACUCGCCUGCCUCGCAAGACCCACAGGGGUCUCCGUAAGGUGGCUUGUAUUGGUGCAUGGCACCCUGCAAGAGUUUCAUUCACUGUUGCUAGGGCUGGUCAGAAUGGAUACCACCACCGUACUGAAAUGAACAAGAAGAUCUACAAGGUUGGCAAGAAUGGCCAGGAGUCGCACACUGCCAUAACGGAGUAUGACAGGACUGAAAAGGAUAUCACUCCAAUGGGUGGUUUCCCUCACUAUGGUGUGGUGAAGGACGACUAUCUGAUGAUCAAGGGAUGCUGCGUUGGACCUAAGAAGAGGGUGGUUACACUCCGUCAAUCACUGCUCAAACAGACAUCUCGAUUGGCUCUUGAGGAAAUCAAAAUCAAGUUUGUGGACACAUCCUCAAAGUUUGGACAUGGUCGCUUCCAGACAACAGAAGAGAAACAGAAGUUCUUUGGACGCCUCAAGGCAUAA